AUGUCCAAGGAAGAUUUGUCCCAAAUGGAGUCACUCCGCCGCUUCGCCUUCAUCGGUGUCACCCUCUCGACCAUUGCCGCGUUGGUCGGUGUCGUAGUUGUACCAAUGGUCUACAACAACAUGCAACACCUCCAAUCCCAACUGCAACAUGAAGUUGAUUUCUGCAAACUUCGCAGUGGCAACAUUGUCAACGAGAUUAACAAGGCCAAGAUCUUGUCUCAGGUCUACCCACGUGUGGCUCGUCAGGCUGGCUACGGUAGCUCGGACCUUGGCGGAGUCGGCGGGGGAAUCGGCGGAGGAAACGGAGGUGGAUUUGGAAACGGCGGAGGAGUCGGUGGAGGAAACGGCGGAGGAUGUUGUGGAUGUGGAGUAUCACCAGCCGGACCACCAGGCCCACCAGGACCAGACGGAGACGACGGUCAAGAUGGUCAACAAGGUCAGCCAGGUAACGAUGGACAACCAGGUGCUCCACCACAACAGCCAUCCGUAUCAGUGCAACCAUGCUUCGACUGUCCGCCAGGCCCAGCUGGCGCACCAGGAAACCCAGGACCAAAAGGACCAAACGGAAACGCUGGUGCUCCAGGCCAAGACGCUCAAGGUGAUGGUACCGGAGCUCCAGGACCAGCUGGCCCAGCCGGACCACCAGGUCAACCCGGUCAAGACGGACAACCAGGCCCAGACGGACAGCCAGGACAAGUCAACGAGAUUCCAGGUGCUCCAGGACCAGCUGGACCACCAGGCCCACCAGGACAAUCCGGACCAUCAGGAGAUGCUGGAGCUGACGGCCAACCAGGUCAAGACGGAGAACAAGGACCACAAGGUGAUGGUGGUUCAGAUGGUGCUCCAGGACAACCAGGCCAGUCCGGAUCUCAAGGCGAACUGGGUGAAGAAGGACCACACGGAUCAUGCGACCACUGCCCUACUCCAAGAACUGCUCCAGGCUAUUAA